GGAGUUCUGGGAAGCUUCAUGACUGACUGGAGAGUGGUGGAUCCAGAGUGAGGUGGAGGAGAGUGUGUAACAGCAGCUGUUGUCCAGUGUUGCGAGAGCCCAGUUCUCCUGUUGCUGUCAUGGGCUUCACGGCGGUGCUUCUGUCCCUCCUCCUGGUGUCUCUGAGCUGGUCCAGAGGAGCCAUCAUCACAGGGGCCUGUGAAAGAGAUGUGCAGUGUGGGUUCGGUCUGUGCUGUGCCGUCAGUCUGUGGCUGAGAGGUCUGAGGAUAUGCGUCCCGAGAGGUGUGGAGGGGGACGAUUGCCAUCCCUUCAGCCACAAGGUGCCGUAUCCGGGGAAAAGGCAACACCACACCUGCCCCUGUCUCCCCCACCUGGUGUGCACCAGAUACGCUGAGAGCAAGUAUAGAUGUACUGACGACUUCAAAAACAUGGACUAUUAAUGAACGGCCAAACAUUCAGAUGAAGAGAGGCGCAGCAGAAAGAGCAUCUCAGAGUGAAGAUCUGAACAGGCCAAGGAUCAAAAACAUAUAUUUUAUCUUCACAGGCUGUUAUUCCUAAUUUGUGUACUCAUAUGCAUUUAAUAUAUAGUUUGUAUAUUCUAUCACUGCACACAACAAACACAGGAAAAGAGACGUCAAGGCAACUAACAAGAGCCACAGUCGAUUUAAGACAUGUUUUCCUCAAUGAAAACCUAGUACAUUGUUUGUAAACCUUAUAACAUUUGCUGUUUAAUGUUCAUGCUCAUCUUGUUUUCAUUUAUUAGAAGAGUAACGUAUAGAUAUAAUUGCCAAUAAAGGUACAAACACAACAUUGUCAUGUAACGUGGAGUA